ACAGAAAUCAAAUCUUUAGAAACAAAUAAUACACAAAUUUGAGGGAUAAAGUAAAGAAUUGGAUGGCUGUAUUCCAUGCAACGUGGCAACCUCUUAUUCCUGUGAAUCAAUCUCUUAGCCAAUCAACCAAACAUACCUGAAAAACAGAAUCAAAUGAACUACUGUUUCUUUCUUCCUCUUUCUUCUUCUUCUUCUUCUUAUUCUUCUUCUUCUUGAAGAGAAGAAAAGAUUAGAAUUAUGGGUCUUUUAUCAUCUCCAUUCCAAGGUUUCACCUCAACUUCAAUGGCAGCAACAAGAAACUCACCUUCUUCUCAUACAGCAGAAAUCUUAUCAACUUCUCACUUGCCUCAUCACAAGACUAGCUUGUCAUUCCAUGGAAACCAUUCCAAUGCAACAAGUUUCUUCCGGCUAGCUUUAUCUCACCCGAACAGAAUCCGGCAUGGAUGGCGAGUGCGAGUGCUACCGCUGACCGAAGAGAAUGUAGAGAUGGUGUUGGAUGAGGUGAGGCCAGGCUUGAUGGCAGAUGGAGGGAAUGUAGCUCUCCAUGAAAUAGAUGGCCUUGUGGUUGUAUUGAAACUUCAAGGUGCUUGUGGUUCUUGUCCAAGUUCAACCAUGACUUUGAAGAUGGGGAUCGAAACCCGCUUGAGGGAUAAGAUACCGGAGAUAUUUGCCAUUGAGCAGAUUAUUGAUACCGAGACCGGGCUUGAACUCAAUGAGGACAAUGUCGAAAAGAUUCUUGCGGAGAUAAGGCCAUAUCUCGCAGGCACUGGUGGGGGUGUGCUUGAGCUUGUGGAGAUUAAUGACUAUGUCGUGAAGGUUCGAUUGUCAGGGCCGGCUGCAGGCGUGAUGACGGUCCGUGUAGCUCUUACACAGAAAUUGAGAGAAAAGAUACCUUUGAUUGCUGCUGUUCAGCUUAUAGAGUAGUUCAAUAAUCUCUUGUGAUCUUCUUGUUUUGACCAAGAACUAGAACACAAACAUCGAAUCAAAGAUAGUGAGAUUGUUUAUAUUCA